CGAGUUGAAGAAAGAAGAGCGGGCCUUACAAACAAGUCACAACAAUUUGUUAAGGAGGAUUUCAACGAAACCCUUGAUUGAGUUGAGUUGAGGGGAGAAGUUGCCAAAGUCUCAGUGUGAGACCCGACUCUGUUACUUCACUGUUCGCUCGGGGCUGAGGAGAGAACGAAAGCAAGCAUCUGAGGAGGAUUGGAAGAUGCACAGUUUCAAGGCUUUGCUACAGGCGAGGCGUUCUAUUGACAGACUGCGUACUAUCUCUCCCUGUCGAAGCUUCUCUGCUCAACCCAACUACGCCCUAUAUGAUGAUUCCCAAAAUGAGGUCUUAGUAGAAGGAAAGGCCAAUGCACGAGCUGCGGUUCUUAAUAGACCCUCUGUUCUCAAUGCUCUCAAUACUUCAAUGGCAGCUCGGUUGACAAAACUAUAUGAAUCCUGGGAGGAAAAUCCUGAUAUUGGCUUUGUCAUCAUGAAGGGAAAUGGCAGGGCUUUUUGCGCGGGUGGAGAUGCUGUCACCCUCUAUCGGUUGCUCAAUGAAGGGAAAGUAGAAGACUGUAAGGAAUUUUUUAGGACAUUGUAUAAGUAUAUAUAUCUUCAGGGGACAUAUUUGAAGCCACACGUAUCCAUCCUGGAUGGUAUUACCAUGGGAGCUGGGGCUGGGGUUGCACUUCUAGGGACAUUUCGCGUGGCAACUGAUAAAACUGUAUUUUCUGCUCCAGAAACUCAAAUUGGUUUCCAUCCUGAUGCUGGGUCUUCCUUCUAUCUCUCUCGUCUACCUGGCUAUCUAGGUGAAUAUUUGGCUUUAACAGGAGAAAAAAUUAAUGGAGUAGAAAUGAUUGCCUGUGGCCUUGCUACACACUAUUCACUCAAUGCAAGACUUGCAUGGAUUGAAGAACGACUUGGUAAAUUGAUUACAGAUGAUCCUUCUGUCAUAGAAAACUCCUUAGAGCAAUAUGGUGAUCUUGUAUACCCUGACAAAAGGAGUGUUCUUCAUAGGAUUGAAACAAUUGACAAAUUUUUUUGCCAUGACACAGUCGAAGAAAUUAUUGCUUCUCUGGAAGAUGAGGAAGCUAAUUCUUAUGAUGCUUGGGUUACUAAAACGCUCAAGAAACUAAAAGAAGCCUCUCCAUUGAGCUUGAAAGUUACCUUAAGAUCUAUAAGGGAAGGCAGAUUCCAGUCUCUUGAUCAAUGCCUUGCCCGUGAGUAUCGAAUGUCCCUUAAUGGGAUCUCCAAACAGAUCUAUAAUGACUUCUCUGAGGGUGUUCGGGCACGAUUAGUGGACAAGGACUAUGCUCCAAAGUGGGACCCUCCAAGCCUGGGGCAAGUAUCCAAAGACAUGGUUGAUUGCUACUUCUUGCCACUAAGUGAAUUCGAGGCAGAACUUGAUCUACCCACAUCAUUGCGAGAACCCUUCAUCUGAUCCAUUUUCUCCUGCAGCCUUUUCCUUGUAUACAUCAGUGGAGAUUGGAUGUUAGAGGUGUUGGUUUUGCCAUUAUUUUUGCAUUAUGAACGGGCUCGUUUUUUACUUUUAUUUUGGGCAGAAUCUGUUAUAAUACAAUAUGUUKCCAUUUAGUGAUUAUCAAGGGAACGGGCUUUUGUAAUCUCCAAGCCUCUUUUCAGAAACCAACAGGCAAGUGAAGUGAGGUGAGUCAACAGCUAAAAGAUCAUAUUGAUUGCAUAUUGAGUUUGGACCCAACUAAUCUAUAUGCUGAAGAAAUAGGGAACAAUCGAAUGAUUUUGGUUGCCCCA